AUGCUCACCGACAUUAUUCUCCCUAUUCUCCUCUUUCCAGCCCUCACAGUGCUCGAAGUGACAAACAUUUUGCCCAGUAUCCAGUUCCUUGGCCCAGAAAUCCGAUCUAGUUGCAAACCAGGGUCACCUCAUUUCAUCCCUCACACCAACAAUGAUCUCUUCGACACUCGCCUCUGCGGUUUGGUCUCAGUGUUCCACGUCGCCAUGAAACCAGAACUCACGCCUUUCCUGGUCUACUUC